UGCGAGGCUGCGCUCACUCCUCCUCCUUAUCGUGGGCUUCAAGACACGCACUCUAUGUAAGGUGGAAGUAACUUUUAUCCUCCAGAGAAGAGUUAUAAACCAGCCGGAAUAACAUUAUACAUUUGGUCAAAAGUGUCACGGCAAACGAUAACCAUGUCGGCCACAUCGGCGAAAGUCAACAGAAAGGAGAAUUCAAAUCACGACGGAGCGGACGAGACCUCUGAAAAAGAGCAACAGGAAGCAAUUGAACACAUCGAUGAAGUACAGAAUGAAAUUGACAGACUGAACGAACAGGCAAGUGAAGAAAUAUUAAAAGUAGAGCAGAAGUACAACAAAUUACGCCAGCCUUUCUUUCAGAAGCGAUCAGAACUCAUAGCCAAAAUCCCCAACUUCUGGGUCACAACAUUUGUCAACCAUCCACAAGUUUCAGCUCUUCUGGGGGAGGAGGACGAGGAAGCACUUCAUUACUUGUCAAGGGUGGAGGUCACUGAGUUCGAGGAUAUCAAAUCUGGAUAUAGAAUAGAUUUUUAUUUUGAUGAGAACCCGUACUUUGAGAACAAAGCCCUCUCCAAAGAGUUUAAUGUAAAUGAGAGUGGAGAUCCUGUUUCCAAAUCGACUGAAAUCAAAUGGAAGGCUGGGAAGGACCUGACCAAGCGCACAGGCCAGACGCCAAACAAAGCUGGUAAGAAAAGGCAGCAUGAGGAGCCAGAGAGCUUCUUCACCUGGUUUACCGACCACUCAGAUGCAGGAGCAGACGAGCUGGGAGAGGUGAUCAAGGAUGACAUCUGGCCUAAUCCGCUGCAGUACUACUUGGUCCCUGACAUGGAGGAUGAGGAAGGUGACGGCGAUGAUGACGAUGAUGAAGAAGAGGGCCUGGAAGAUAUUGAUGAGGGAGAGGAAGAAGAAGGUGAAGAUGAUGAUGAGGAUGGUGAUGGAGAAGAUGGAGAGGAUGACGGUGAGGAUGAUUAAACAUUUCAGCCAACACCUUUUCCCAGUCCUCCCUCUGUGAUCAUCCUACAACUCACGGGAGCAAGAUAUUUUGUUUGUUUGGGGGGGGGGGGUUUGUAAAAAAAAAAACAAAAAAACUUUUUUUUCUUUCCUGUGUGUCGUCAGCCUGUCCGUCCUCUUCCUCUGCAGCCACGGCCUGUCCAUUACUCAUAAUGCCAUGUCUAAAGACCAGCUCCAUACACAGCGGGUCUCCAUUUGGUGGGGUGGGGGUGUCAGUGGCUCUCCUAAAGUCUCACCUGUCAUUGUUUCUCUACAUCUCCCAAAGACAUGCAAAAGAAUAAAAAAAUUUGUAGCAUUCUGCACGUCAUCUACGUAGAUUUGAAAUACGUACCAUAGCAAUUUCUAUGUAAAAUAUGACAAUAUGACAGUUUCUGUUGAAGUUGUGAGUUCAAUAAAAAAUAAGCCAUGGUGCAGUGAUAACUUAAUCAGAGCAUCCUUAGCCACUUUUAUAUAUAUAAAUGUAUAUUAUAAUAUAUCCAGUGGUGGGGGAUCCUAAGGCUUAUUAGAAGUUGCAUUUUCCUUUGUGACUUAUUGUACUAAUGGAACUGAUUGAAAGCACCAGCUUGUUCCUUUCAACUGUUGUAAAUGUUUUUGGGAUAUACAUGUAUCUUGGUAAGACAGUUGUUCAUUGUACACAGUUUAAUGGGGGAGGUGUGGUGGGGCAGCGGGGCUUUGAUGCCAACUCUGGACUUCUGUUAAAUUUUCAUUAUUUUGUUUUUCAGGCACCCACAACAAGGUUUGAAAUGUACAUUUUUUUAUAGAAACAACCUAAAAAUCUAAUUUUGAGCUUGACCUAACAUUUUGAGAUGGGAGAAAAAAUUAUUUCUGUGGAGUCCUCUGUGGAGUCUGCAGUGUUUCUCCUGUUCCACUGGAAACCUGUUCACAUUAAAUUAAGUGUACCAGUUGCUUUGUUACAAUUAAUAAAUGUAUACAUGAUGUUUGAGGGAGUUUGAUUACAUUUGAGCAUUUCAGCUGCAGUUGUUUGACAAAACCGUCACCAUGCUUUGUUAGUCAGUCCACAAGUUACACAGGCAGUUAGGCUUUUAAAAUGUCAUACAGCAAACUAGCAAUUAUCUAGCAACAGUUGAUGUAUUUAUAGACAAAUAUGAAACAGAUGCAUAAAUUUGUUGUAUAAAAUUUA